ACUGAUACUGAUAACUGGACUCCACUUAUGAUCGCUUCACGGAACAAUCGAUGCGACGUGGUAGCGCUGCUACUGGCGCGAGGGGCACAGAUCAAUUUGAAGGGACCGAACGGGGCCAUGGCGUUGUAUAUCGCGUGUGAACGGGGGCAUUUUCCCGUUGUCCAGUUACUUGUCCAGUAUGACGCGCUAAUUGACGUAGCAAACAACACGGGCGAGACGCCACUCAUGGCUGCAACCUGGAAUAAUCAUACCAAAGUG